AUGACCAAUCUUCGAUUGGGUAUUACUUUUGCGGGCGUGACUCUUGCAGCCUUGGUAUUCAUCCAGCUGCUCGCUGUUUUCAAGCUCGACGACCAGUCGCCUUCGCCGAGUCUCACUAGAAACUUCAAUCAAUGGAGAAGCAGGGCAAGCGAGGAUUCAACAGACGACAUUUUCAUGGUCGGAGCAGGCAAAGCAGAUGUAACCGGACCCGUGGUCGAGGUUGACUUCAACGGCUACGCCAGUCUCAACCAGCUAGGCACAGGCCUGAAGCAAAGAAUCUACUCGCGGGCCUUUAUUUUCGCAGACCCAAACAAACCGGAGGAUACAUUCGUGUACCUGGUCCUUGAUACGCUCGCGGGUGAUACGGCCGUGCGGCAUGGCGUGCUAGAGGGUCUCACCAUGCUCGGCGGAGCAUAUGCUCGGUAUGGCGAGCACAACGUCGCAAUGACAGGGACGCAUUCCCACUCAGGACCUGGAGCGUGGAUGAACUACCUGCUUCCUCAGAUCCCAACGAAAGGCUUCGACAAACAGAGCUAUCAAUCUAUUGUCGACGGUACGAUUCUUUCUAUCGUUCGCGCCCAUGAGAAUUUGGCGCUUGGUCGGCUCUCUUUUGGCACUAUUGACUUGGAAGACGCAAAUGUUAACCGCAGUCCUUAUUCGUAUGACAAUAACCCCGCGGAUGAAAAGGCGCGGUAUUCUUCUAAUGUGGAUAAAACACUGUCGCUUAUCCGAUUUGAUCGCCAGUCGGAUAAUAAGACGACGGCCGUUUUGACUUGGUUCCCUGUUCAUGGCACUUCUAUGUAUAACAACAACACUCUUGUCACUGGCGACAAUAAGGGAGUUGCGGCUUAUUUGUUUGAGCGCAGUAUAGCUGGAGACGCAAGAUUUACUGAUGAUGCGGUGAUCGGCUUCUCUCAAGCGAAUGUUGGGGAUACAAGCCCUAACAUUCUGGGGGCUUGGUGCGAAGACGGCUCAGGGGAGGAAUGCCGAUACACAGAUAGCACUUGUGGCGGAACUAACGAAGCAUGCCAUGGCAGAGGACCCCAUUUCCGGGAAAAGGACAAUGGCGCAAAGAGCUGCUUCGAGAUCGGACGUCGGCAGUAUUCAGCAGCAAAGCAGCUUUAUGAGAACAUGAACACCAAUCCUAUCAAGAUCACUGGUAGCUCGGGUGUCAGGUCUUUCCAUGUAUACCAAGACAUGAAUGGAUACACAUUCCCUUCGCCGUUCAACUCUAGUACUUUGAAGACUUGCCCAGCCGCCUUAGGAUUUUCAUUUGCCGCUGGGACUACGGAUGGACCGGGGGCUUUUGACUUCACUCAGAAUUCUACCAGUCCGGCAGGAAGCAAUCCAUUGUGGCGGAUUGCACGUGCCUUUAUUCACGAGCCAACUAAAGAGCAACGGCAGUGUCAAGGUGCCAAGAAUGUUCUUUUGGAUGUCGGGACUCUCACCGAGCCAUAUGCUUGGGCUGCAGACAUUGUUGACAUACAGGUUCUGCGAGUGGGCCAACUAUUCCUCAUUAUCUCUACAAGCGAAGCCACCACAAUGUCUGGGCGACGCUGGAAAGAGGCUAUUGCCAAAGGGGCAAAGGAUAAACUCUCUGUCUCCGACCCUCAAGUAGUGCUAGGGGCUCCGUCAAACAGCUACGCACAUUACGUAGCAACCGAAGAAGAGUACCAUGUCCAGCGGUACGAGGGCGCCUCUACACUAUUUGGACCAAGCACACUGGCAGCCUACAUCAACUUGACUCUCACAUACUUACCGUAUCUGGGAAGCGCCUCAGAUGUAGCCAAACUCCCAGCGCUCAACCCGGGUCCCAGUCCACCAAUCAACACCAACCGCUCAUUGAGCUUUAUCACCGGUGUUUUGUACGACGGAGCCCCUAUUGGGCAGUCUUAUGGGCACGUACUUUCAAACCCAGGGAACGGACCCUAUGGCCCGGGAGAUGUUGUCAAUACAACCUUCGUGGGCGCCAAUCCCCGCAAUAACCUGCACCACGAAUCGACAUAUGCUGCGGUUGAAAGACAAAGCGACUCCGGUGAAUGGAAAGUUGUGCGCAACGACCGUGAUUGGAACUUGGAGUUUUUGUGGAAGCGAACUAAUACAGUCCUGGGUUAUAGCGAGGUGACUAUUCGGUGGCAAGUUGAGGAUCAAUACUAUAGUGUCGAUGACCCGACACCCCUGCAGGCUGGGACCUAUCGGAUGCAUUAUUAUGGGGAUUCAAAGAACGCGUUGGGCCAGAUUUCGUCUUUUGAAGGAAUUAGUGGAACGUUUACAGUGAAAGCUUCAUAG